CCUGUCGCUCCUGUCGCUCCCGGCGCCCGCUCCCGCCGCUCCGAGCCGCCCACAGCCGCCGCCGGCCGGGCCGCGCUCCAUGGCGACCCCCAGCCCCUGCAUCGUGAUUGGUGAUGAUGAACAAGGUUACGACCUGGAUUUGUUCUGCAUACCUAAACAUUAUGCAGAUGAUUUGGAAAAAGUCUAUAUUCCUCAUGGGCUCAUCAUGGACAGGACGGAGAGACUGGCACGAGAAAUUAUGAAGGGCAUGGGAGGACACCACAUUGUGGCACUCUGUGUACUCAAGGGUGGCUAUAAAUUUUUUGCUGAUUUAUUAGACUACAUCAAAGCCCUGAACAGGAACAGUGACAAAUCAAUCCCCAUGACAGUCGACUUCAUUAGGUUGAAGAGUUAUUGUAAUGAUCAGUCAACUGGAGAUAUCAAAGUCAUUGGGGGAGAUGACCUCUCAACCCUGACUGGAAAGAAUGUUUUGAUCGUAGAAGAUAUAAUUGAUACUGGUAAAACAAUGAAAACGUUGCUGUCUCUACUUAAACAGUACAAUCCAAAGAUGGUGAAAGUAGCCAGUUUGUUGGUGAAAAGAACUCCUCGAAGUGUGGGAUAUCGGCCGGAUUUUGUUGGAUUUGAAGUGCCAGACAAAUUUGUUGUGGGAUACGCCCUAGAUUACAAUGAAUACUUCAGAGAUUUGAACCAUAUCUGUGUGAUCAGCGAGACGGGGAAGCAGAAGUACAAAGCAUGAAAGCAGAGUUCAAGUGACAACAGAGCUUUGAAACGUUUUGUUUACUGAGUCCUAUCUUUCACAGGCUUCAGCUCUGAUACACCAGCUACACUUGUAGAAUGCCCCAGCCCCAUUGCCAUAUGCUUACUGUAAUUUAUUGCAUGUACAAUAUAAGAGCUCGUCCUGUUCAUUUAUAUUUUAGAAAUGUAAACACUUAGUGCAGUUCUGCACUCCUUAUUUUGAUUUGCACUACGACUCUACCGACUAUCGCUGCCCCUGGUUGGGUUGUGCUGUUUGUGAGCUCCAGAGUCUAACUCUUGCAGUGGUAAAUUGCUUAAACCUCAUCAACCCAGAACUGAAAUAGUUCAAGUACUGUAAAUGUAAAGCAUUUUAUGAUAGGGAAGUCUAUUGGUAAUAUUUUUAAAAUCUGUAAUUUAAGUUUUAUAUUUUAAUGCACAGAUGUGAUUGUGAUUAAUGGAUAGUUGCACCUUUGGGUGGUAAUAAAGCAUGAGGAGCAGCCAGUUACAGUAUCUGUAAUCUCCAAGGGGCUCAUCCAAAUCUCCUGGAGUUGCCUUAUUGCUGUAAAGGAAGUCUGGGUGAAAAGUGUGUUUUUUCUUUCUUUUUUUUUUUUAAUAGAUGUAAUGACAAAACAGAAUGUCUAAAAUCUAGUUUUAGUUGAGCUGCCUAUUUCUGUUAGAUUUUUUUCUUUAAAAAUAUCCAUCAGUCUGUGGAAUUGCCUUUUAAAUUUAAACAAUUUUAAUAUAUUUGUGGGGGAAAAAAGAAGUAUUGUAAUGUUUACUUUAUAAGAUCUACAAAGCAAAGUACUUUAAAUAAAGGCUGUCUCUUUAAAAUAAGCCCCACACAUCUAUCCCACUCAUUCUGUACAUUAAAGUGCUCUUGAAAUUUUCUUCUCAA